GCCCCACGGACUCCAAGAAAGGAGAUCCAGCUUACAGCAACAGGUACUGCAUAUCGAUCUCAGAGCUCAGAGAUACACCACAGAGGGACAGAGUCCAGAGGAAGACGAGAGAUCAAUCAUCAUGUCUUCUGCCGGUGCGAGGACGGCUGCUGCAGCUGCCGGCGGCCGCGCCGGUGCGGCGAGGACGGUGGCGCCAUGGAUUCUCGCCUGCAGCCUCCUGCUCUGUGCGUCGUCCGUGCUGUUCCAGGGGGCUGAAGGCGCCAUUGGUGUGAACUACGGCAUGAUCGCCAACAACCUGCCGUCGCCGGACAAGGUGAUCGCCAUGUACAAAGCCAACAACAUCAAGUACGUGCGUCUCUUCCACCCGGACACCACCGUCCUCUCCGCACUCCGGGGUACUGGCAUCGGCGUCGUCCUUGGCACGCUUAACGAGGACCUCGCCCAACUCGCCUCCGACGAGUCCUUCGCCGCCUCGUGGGUGGCUUCCUACGUCAAGCCCUUCGCCGGCACUGUCACCUUCCGGUACAUCACGGCAGGAAACGAGGUCAUCCCGGGCGACCUCGGCGUGCACGUCCUCCCUGCCAUACGGAACCUCGAGGCCGCGAUCAGGGCGGUGGGUGUCACCGGCGUGCCCGUCACGACGGCCGUUGCCACGUCCAUACUCGGCGCGUCGUACCCGCCGUCGCAGGGCGCGUUCUCCGAGGGCGCGGCGCCGGUCAUGGUGCCGCUCGUGGCGCACCUGCUGUCGAAGAACGCGCCGCUGCUGGUGAACGUGUACCCGUACUUCGCCUACGCGGCGGAGCCGGAGACGGUGCAGCUCGGGUACGCGCUGCUGGCCGGGUCGAGCGCGACGUCCAACUCCAAGGUGGUGUCCAUCACGGACGGCGGGCUGGUGUACACAAACAUGUUCGACGCGAUCGUGGACGCGGCGCACGCGGCGGUGGAGAAGGCCGGGGUGCAGGGGCUGGAGCUGGUGGUGUCGGAGACUGGGUGGCCGUCAGGCGGCGGCGCGACGGGGGCCACGGUGGAGAACGCGGCGGCGUACAACAACAACGUGGUGCGGCACGUGGUCGCGGGCACGGGCACGCCGCGGCGGCCGGGGAAGGCCGUGGAGACGUACCUGUUCGCCAUGUUCAACGAGAACCAGAAGGCUGAGGGCACGGAGCAGCACUUUGGGCUCUUCCAGCCGGACAUGACCGCGGUGUACCCCGUCGACUUCGCCGGAUCCUACUGAGACUGAGAAGAGGGACAGUAUAGAUUCAGUUUUACCACACACAUAUUAAUUCAUUUACCAGUUAUUACCUUGCUACUCCGAUUUACAAGUUUACAAUUUACAGCUCUGUACAGCAGUAGUUCGUUGCUUUAGGUGUCACGAGUGCGUUGGAUCUGAUUUGUAUUGAUACUUAUGAUUUACUAGUCCAAUGUGCUCAUUCAGUUCUAUUUAA